AUGAUGAUCAGGCAGCGUCUUCCACUAUGCCAACUUCUGCUGCUGGCCUUAGCGCUCACAGCAGCAGCUAGGACACUAGAAACAGUCACUUCGAACAGGCAACAGCAAAUCGAUAUAGAGCAGCUGCGUCAACUGGGUCUGGGCAAUAUAAUCAGCCUGCCCAGCUAUAGCGAUCUGCCUCGUGGCAGCUACGACUUCAUUGUGGUCGGAGCUGGCGCCGCUGGCUGCACGCUAGCCGCACGCCUCUCCGAGAACCCCAACUGGAAUGUGUAUUUGAUAGAGGCGGGCGGCGUAGAGAACAUAAUUCACAUGAUACCACUACUGGCGCCCAUGCUGCAGCUGACCGCAUCCAACUGGAACUACCAGUCGCAGCCUCAGCCUCUCGCCUGUCGCGGCAUGUUCGGCAACCGCUGUGCUCUACCGCGUGGCAAGGUUCUGGGCGGCACCAGCUCCAUUAACUUCAUGAUCUACAAUCGCGGCAAUCGAAGGGACUUUGAUGCCUGGGCUGAGCGGGGCAACCAUGGCUGGAGCUACGAUGAGGUGCUGCCCUACUUCCUGCGCAGUGAAUCCGCUCAGCUGCAGGGCUUGGAGCACUCGGCGUAUCACAACCACAGCGGGCCCCUCAGCGUAGAGGAUGUGCGCUUCCGCAGCAGCUUGGCCCACGCAUAUGUGCGUGCCGCUCAGCAGGCGGGACACUCACGCACCGACUACAACGGGGAGUCGCAGCUGGGCGUUUCCUAUGUGCAGGCGAACACAUUGAAGGGUCGACGUCACAGCGCCUUUCGGGCCUACAUUGAGCCUGUGCGACCGCAACGCAAGAAUCUCCAUAUUCUGACCAUGGCACGAGUCACGCGAGUGCUGAUUGAUGAGUCCACCAAAUCCGCCAUCGGCGUGGAGCUGCUGCAUGGCGGUCGUCGCUUUGAAGUGCGUGCACGCAAGGAAGUCAUCCUCUCCGCGGGGGCGUUUAACUCACCGCAGCUGCUGAUGCUGUCGGGCAUCGGACCGGAGGACAAUCUGCGAGCUAUCGGAUUGCCCGUAGUACAGGCCCUGCCUGUGGGUAAACGUCUCUACGAUCACAUGUGCCACUUUGGACCCACAUUUGUGACCAACACCACGGGCCAGACGCUCUUCAGCUCGCGCUUAUCACUGCCCACGUUGAAGGACUUUACGCUAGGACGCGCGGACACGCAGCUAUCUAGCAUUGGAGGUGUCGAGACGCUGACCUUCAUUAAGAUACCUGCGACGCAAACGCCGCACAGUCAGCCCGAUAUUGAGCUCAUCCAGGUGGACGGCAGCUUAGCCAGCGAUGAGGGCACAGCGCUCAAGCGAGGCGCCAAUUUUAAAGAUGAGAUCUACGAUAAGAUGUACCGACAUCUGGCCUGGCGCCAGCAAGAUCACUUUACCUUCCUCGUCAUGCAAUUCAAGCCAAAGUCCGUGGGCCGACUCUGGCUGCACAAUCGCAAUCCACUCGAAUGGCCUCGCAUCGAUCCAAAGUACUUCACCGCCGAACAGGAUGUGGAGCAACUGCUGGAAGGCAUCAAGGAGGCCAUACGCAUCACCCAGAUGCCAGCACUCCAGGCCGUAGGGGCUAGGCUCUUAGAUCGCCCUGUGCCUGGCUGUGAGGACAAGCCGUUUGGGUCAGACGACUAUUGGCGCUGCUCCAUUCGCACCAUGUCCUACACCCUGCACCACCAGGUGGCCACCUGCCGCAUGGGACCUGCUGCAGACCCAACUGCCGUGGUCAGCCCAGAGCUGAAGGUGCAUGGCAUGCGCAAGCUACGCGUCGUGGACACCAGUGUCAUUCCUCUGCCACCCACCGCCCACACAAAUGCGGCUGCUUUCAUGAUUGGCGAGAAGGCGGCUGACUUGAUAAAGGCCAACUGGCAUUGA